UUGUGUAACACCCCGUAUGUAAGAUUAAAGCACGACCAGCAAGGCAACACUUCACCAGGUCGCUUUCACAAGGCCCAAAGUCAUCUUCGUGACAAUGACAUGCAAUGACAAUGAACCUCACCACAACCUUUACACACCACCUGACAUGCCAAAGCAAUCUCAUUCACCAAGAAUAGCCAACUCUUCGGGUUGCAAGCGAGUUGUCAACAUCUUUUGUAACAGGAUGCAACAUCUUGUAUAUAGGCUGCAAUAGUGAGUUUUAGGCAAAUGCUGGGAACACUAGCGGAACCACACAGCUGUCUCCAGACUCUUUGCCAGAGUCAGCGAGAGCUUGGCAAGACCCCUCCCCAGAGUUCUUUGCAGCAGCCUACAGCUUGGACGCCGGCCAUCAUUUUCACUAUAUUGUCAUUGAUAUCAGAUAUCACAUGAUAGCACUAUAUUGUCAUCCAUAGGGAUGUAUUGCCGAAUGACCAUGCCGCAGGGGUAUGUGGGAGGUCUCACAACACCAUUUCGGCCAUUUCUGUUACCACAAGAGCGGUCAGCAAGAGCAUUGUGAUAAACGCCCGCGAACUUUCUGGUGUUGGGCAAGGAGCCCACAAAGUCCCAUUGCCAGAGCGUUGGUGAUAAGCGAGAUACAUUUCCCUAAAUAUUUGAGAGUUUGUAGACUUCGUGAGACCCUUUGUGAGACUCUGGGUUCCCUAUCACGUUUCCCUCACAUUUUGUUUGCCCAGCCCAUUUGCACCUCCACAGCUCCACACUGUUCGUGUUCGGACCAGGUCUCUUCAUGCCCUGGAUAAGCAUUGGGGUGAGUUUGUAGACAAUGCAACUGAGUUGGUGUCCUUGCUGCGAUGCAAAGAUUCGCCCACAGCAAACAUAGCAAAAGUGUUUUCUCAAGCUCAUCUACUCUAGUGCACGAUCCCAAGCAGGAAAUUUUCAAGAUUGAAACUCGGCUGAUGUGCAAUUGCCAUCUAUGGGAAAGGCUCCUUUCAGAUGCCAGAUGCAACAUGCCUUCAGACCUCAUUUUGUUUGUUCGCUUGUUGGUUUGCUCUUUGGAAUCUUGCUUUCAACUGGAUAAUGUUGAAUUGCCUCUCCCCAGUGCAUAUCGUGUCUGAAACUGUUGAGUGUCAGACUAGGCUUGAUGGCUUGAGUACAGUUGAUAGCGGGUUAUUAAAUUUGUUUCCCAUUUUGGAUAAAGAGGUAUAGCCGAUUAGCCAGCUCAUUGUGCACAUGUUUGGCUGUCUCUUUUCUGCAAUCAAUGCAAUUCGAAGUGUUGCCGUUGCCUCAAGCAGAGCGGUGUCAGAAUCAGAAGCGAUUUUUUCACCUGCGGGUGCCUUUUACCCCACACGUGCUUCAUGGUAAUCAUUCGUUUGCGUCAGGGCUGGGAAAUCUACAAGCAAUUCGGUGUACCUGGUGGUGAUGAGAUGAGGACCAAGGAGUUGCUUCUGGCAGGUGAUUCAAAGGGCACAGAAGUGAAAGUCCUUCGUAUUCCUCUUCAGACAACUCCGCAAGAUCCCGAUGGCACUGCGGCCUUGACCUUGAUCGAGUACUUUCAGAUACCAUUUCCGAGGGUCACGAGAAAGACAGUUGUAGACUCUCUGAGCAAAGCCUUUGCCCGGCAAAAAGCAACCUAUGCUUUUGAACUGGAAGGUGAUGGCGAAGACAGGAUGAAAGACAAGCAGAAGUACUUGCUUUAUGAGUUUGACCUUACACGCUGCGAGGGCAGACAGGUGUUUGGUACCAAUGGAAAAAUCUGUCAGAGGUCUGACACAGGUGAAAUCUUGGACACCAAAAAGUAUCAUCACCUCACCAUCAACACGGUGACACCCGAGCCCACGCAAACUGCACGUGAAGCAUUUUCAGAGGUGCUGUGGAUCGUUGACAUCUCUGCCCCAGCAGACAACUGGGGAAACUUGACAAAGCAAGUGGCUACGAUGACAAAGACUUUUGCAGUGGGGACAGUAGAACAGCUGAAUGCCGGACGGAAUACUUCCUCAAGCUGAGACAAGAAAGUGAAUGAGCGAUCAGCACCAAAGUUGGAAAAGAAUGCAUCUCCAUUUUCAGCCCUGCUCAUGAGACAUGCCAUAACUGGGCCAUAACGCUUCCGUUAUCAGCUACACUGGAUAUUAAUUCCCUUGUAUUCAUCUUGGUUAUGCUCCGACUCGUGCUCGUCAAAUCGGGAUUCUGAGAUGCUGUGAGAUGUGCU